AAAAAGAAAAAGAGGAAGAUACAGAAGAAGAGGCAAAAAGGACAAAGAGCUUAGUAACAUAUGUGAUUAUGUCGUCGGAAACAGAAGAAACGGCGAUGGCGUCGUUGGGUAUGAAGAAAAGGAAAAAGUAUUGGUCUCAGUCUCAGUCUCCGAUGAUCAUGACAACCUCCGCCGUAAGUUCUCUCGAUUCCUCUGCAUCUCAAUUACAUACUCAUGAGAAUGUUUAUUCUUCUAGGAAAAUCAUCAUCAACAAUAAACUUGAUGUUCCAAAUAAUAAGAGUGUACAAGUAGAAGAAGAGUCGUUUAUUAUUGAGAAAAGAAAAUCGAAUAAUAGAGCUAGACAUAGACCUAGACCUAGACGAGGAGGUAAGAAUAGGGUUGUGGUGCUUUCUCCUUAUUUUGCUAAGCAACAACAACGACCCACCACCAGCACCAGCACCAGAAUCAUCAACAAGUCGAAUGAGAUUGAUCUGGGGUUUGAUGGUAAUGCCCAGGGGAGACGAAAGGAUAGUCGGCGUUACACGCAGCAGGGUUUGGAAUAUGAAGAUCAUAAAAUGGAGUCCGAUUACCAAAUAGCCAGUCCACUUGAGGAUGGAAGUUUACAAAAUGAGAUUUUAAAGCUUGAAGAUCUCCUCUCACAAUGCACUUACAAGACAAAGGAUGGCCAGUAUGACGAUGUUGAUGGUGGCAGGAACUUAGCUGCGGAGGUUGAGAAUGAGGCUGUUAUGUUACCAAGCAUUUAUGCUAACUUGAAAGAAGACCAAUUGCAGCAACCUGGGUUACAAAUUGGAAAGCUUUCUCAUUCCAAGCGCAGGAGAAGAAAUGAAAAACAGCAAGCAAUAGCUCGUGUUGAUAUUCGAAAGGUCUCCCCUUACUUUGCAAAUGAAGGAGGACCCAAGGUUGAGGAGACCAUUCCCAACAAAAACACUGUAAUAUCAAAGCAUAGUAGAGGUGAUGGUGACCCAAGGAAGGAUAAGAAGAGGGGGAAGAGAAAGGAUGAUAGAAUUAGCAAGGAGUGUACCAAGUCUAAUGAGAUACUGGGGUUUGAGAAAGCCGUUUUAAUAGAUGAGGAUGUAGGUUUAACUGAAGUUUUUGAUGGUAAUGCCAAGGGGAGAAGAAAGGAUAGCAGGCAUUACACGCGGGAUUUUCACAAAAUGGUAGUUAAAGAUGAGGAGAGGGAGAUGGCGGAUGAAGAGCAAAAAAUGGAGGUAGAUUACAAAAUAAAACGUAGGACUAGUCCAUUUGAGGGAAGUUUACAAAAAGAGGAUUUGAAGCUUGAGGAUGUUCUGUCACAAUACACUUACAGGAGUCAUGAUAUGACAGAGAACGGAAAGAAUGGCCAGCAUGAUGAGGAGCAAGAGAAGAAAUGUAGCGAGAAACUUAGUUUCCCAUUUGAGAUGACAAACAAUUCAUCCGUUCUACCUGAUGAUGGUAGCAGGAACUUGGCUGGGAAGAUUGAGAAUGAGGCUGUUAUAUUGCCAAGCAUUCAUACAAACUUGAAAGAAGAGCAAGUGCCGCAAAAUGGGUUAGAAAUUGGAAAGGUUUCUCGUUCCAAGUGGAGGAGAAGAAAUGAAAAACAGCAAGCAAUAGCUCAAGUUGAAAUUCGAAAGGUCUCCCCUUACUUCUGGAGGUCAACGGGACAGGUGGUAAGAAAUGAUGGUGAUGGUACAAAAAAAAUUAAACCACCAAGACGUUGUGCAAGAACUCAUGCUACUUCUGUGAGGGUCUCACCCUACUUCCAAAAGAUAUCCAAAGAAGAAGAAAAUGAAGAUGGCCGUUUGUUGGAAGGUAGCAAUGGAUAUAAAAAACCUGUUGCAAUUAGGACUGUUCUUUCUUCUUCUGAGAAGCUAGACGAUGCAUACCGAAGAAAAAGUCCAGAUAACACGUGGAAGCCUCCGCGCACCACACCUGGUCUACUCCAAGAGCGUCAUGCCCAUGAUCCUUGGAGGGUAUUGGUGAUAUGUAUGCUCCUAAAUCGGACAUCUGGUUUUCAGGCUAGAAGGGUUAUAUCGAAUCUCUUUACUCUUUGUCCUGAUGCAAAGACAGCAACUGAGGUUGCCAAAGAGGAAAUAGAAAAGAUUAUAAAAACUCUAGGUCUACAAAAGAAGAGGGCUUCGAUGAUACAACGCUUGUCUCGGGAGUAUAUGGGGGAAAGCUGGACCCAUGUGACUCAGCUGCAUGGUGUUGGCAAGUAUGCAGCUGAUGCGUACGCAAUAUUUUGUACAGGAAAGUGGGACCAGGUAAGGCCUAAUGAUCAUAUGCUAAAUCAUUACUGGAGAUUUCUCAAAGAUAGAGAGAGAAAGAGAGGGCUGAUCUGAUAGUUGAAGGGUUUUAUGCAUAGACAAGGUAGGCAUGCUUCACAGGUUCCACUUUUGUAAUAUUACUAAUUUUGGGAACCUUAUUUUUGUAAGCAGAAGGCUAUGUUUGUAUCACUUGCUACUCCACUUGUGUUACUUAAUGAAUUUUGGGGGUACUUUUAAUGCUAGCACACUGCUAUUUCUAUGCAAA